GGCAGCGCAGCAGAGCAACCUAAUCCAUCCCGCUGCGCUCGGGCGCUCGGCUCCUUCCAUCAGGCCGCGCCGCCGCCAGCAGCCAGGACGCACCGGCGCCUCCGCCAGUCCACUUCACCAGCCACCCGGACGUCCCGCCGCCAGCCGCUUCUGGCCUCCUUGCAACAGAACGUAGCGACGCGCCGCCGUUCGCCUUCUCGGUCGGAGCAAGCACGGGACGGCGCCCGCCUCCCAUCUUGAUUCCUGACCGCUGUCGCCAUUCUGGGUCCGGUCUCCCGAGCAGGAGGAGCUACAUGCUGCAGCUACUACCGGCCUACCGCCGCCGACCCUUCGCCUCAUCCUCACAGCCGACCGACGCCCUCGUCCCAGCGGCCAGUUCUCAGUCAGUGGAACCGAAGAUGAAGAGGAAUGGUGACAUUAAGUCCUUUUUCUGGAAUUAUGAGGCUUCUAAAAGAAAGAAGGCUGCAGCCGAAGAGCAACCUGAAUAUGAAGAUAUAGUGUCAAAUAUUGAAGAUGAAGCAGUCCUUCCUCCACCUCUAGUCCAUUCUGCAGAGAUUGUAGUUGAUAUUGAAGAUGAAGCAUUCCAUUCCAAUGCAAAGAUUGAAAGUGAUAGUGAAGAUGAAGCGGCAUCACCCCAACAUCCAUGUGCAAGGCCAUAAAAUAUUCAAAGGCUUCCUCCUGAUCCAGGGGAGAGGAUUCCUAUUUCAGAGUAUGAUGUCGAUGAUCAAGAUGAAGUUCGGAGACGAUACAUUGCAAAGCAAGCAGUCCAACCAUAUGCACACAAUAUUGGUGAGCUCUCUAUUAUGCUUGUUGCUACAAAGAAGCAUGUUCUUUACGAUUUGGUCUACUUACUCAUCAAAUUGAUAUUGAUUUUACCGGCGGCGACGGCGAGUGUUGAAAGAGUGUUUUCAGCCAUGAAUCUAGUGAAAAAUAAGUUAAGGACUACUAUGAGUGAUGAUCGCUUGAAUGAUUGCUUGGUGACAUCUAUUGAAACGGGAUGUGUUCAUGGAAGUAAGCAAAGAUGACAUAGUUGAUGCUUUCAUGGCAAUGCAAAAACGUAGAGUUACCUAGUGAUGUAAUUUUCUACUUGUGCUUCUUUCAUGUAAGACUACUCGUAUUGUAAUUGAGCACAUUUGAGAUAUAUUUUGUGAACUAAAUUGUUGUGAGAUUUGCAUUAA